AUGACGCUGAUGACAAGUACUAUGUCAGAGCAGGUGCCAGCAACUUUAAUAAUGCUGGGAUUAUUCUCUAGUAUCGGCUGCAUUGGCAACACAGUUGUGAUGGUAAUAUAUUCCACUAAGAAAGAUCGUCUGACCUCUACAGUGUUCAUUCUUGCUUUGGCAAUGGUGGAUUCGUUUGCCUGUGUAUGUCUGAUUCCCCUAACAAUGUAUAUUGAAUCGGUGGAAUGGCGAAUAAGGUCGGAAUUCCUCUGCAAGUUUUACUACGUGAUUAACAACUCUUUCAUACCAUUCUCAUCCCUCCUAAUAUCUUGCAUAGCUUUCGAUCGCUAUUUUGCAAUAUGUCACCCUUUCUCUAAAAUUAUCACUGUCAAUAGAGCCAAACAAAUUAUUGUCGCAAUGCUCUUGCUGACUCUAUUACUUGGUGGUGUCUCUUCCUUGGCCAUCGUGCUGGAACAAGAUAACCACCUUAAUUCCACACACCCAGAAUAUGAAUGCACGGAGACACGAAUGCUGAAUAACACUACCAAAGCGCAGAUGGUUAUCUUUUACAUUGUUCAGGGCAGCCAAUUUUCGUCAUUCGCACUCUGCAUUCUAUCGGUUGUUAUCCUCUACAUUCUAAUCUUCCGAUCGGUUAUAAUUAUGAGACGGAAACGCACAAAUCUGAUUGGAACUAAAUUGCACAAAAUGCCGUUAAGCAUUGAAAGAACAGAGUCAAACAAUGUCAGCGUAAAGGAGACAGACGCGAAUCCCACUCUUGAACAAUGCGCCGUCAAUACGAGUGAAAUGUUAAACACUGGUGACUUAGAAAAUGAAACCAAGGAAAUGGCAGAGAAGAAUGAGCAGAACCUAGUCUCUGAAAUAUGGAAAAACAGGUUGAAUUUGGCAGAAAAUCCGUUAAACUCUUUUCGCCAGGCAGAUGUACCCUCAAUCGUACCUUUGAAUGACACUCCUCCGAUGAAUAACAAGGUGGAUAAGUUCAAAUGGUUUGGACUGAAAAAAUCCAAAGUUGCUCGUGACCUUAGUCGACGUAUUUCUGUCCGAGGUUUCAAGGCCAAUUCGGUGCUGCAGAAUAUGAAGACAGCUGGAAUGCUAUUUGUAGUGGCUAUUGUUUAUAUUAUUGCCCUUAUUCCUGCUUUGCUAAUGGCUGCUAAUGUGAUCCAUAUAUACUUGCCUGUAUUUUACAUGUACUACGUGAAUAACGCAAUCAAUCCCAUUAUCUACUGCUUCAUGAACCCUGCCUUCCGAGAAGAUGUACAAAACUUUUUCAUUUCCCGAUUUCGCAAUUGGCGUAAGGCCCAUUGA